AUGCUUAUUGGAAACACACUCAUAUGGUUCUUUGUGGUCCAACUCUUCGGUUUCACAGUGGGAUCUCCAGGAGAUAAUUUGGAUGAGUUUGAUGAUUGUCUCUUUCAGUGUCGGCAAAUAGCAUGUUACAACAACCCAUACCAUAUUCUACAAGAGGAGUACAAGGACAUUUGGGCAACACAAGAUUUAGAGUACCACAGAUACGAGCCACUGUGGCAUUUUGACUCAAGUUUACCAUGGUAUCUCAAGCUAUUAUUGUGGAAUUGCCCAUCCAAUUGCGAUUACACAUGCCAGAGAAUUAUAACUAAGGAACGAAAAGAAAACCAUGAUGAGGUUUACCAGUUCCAUGGGAAAUGGCCUUUCCUCAGAGUCUUUGGUAUUCAAGAGUUCGCUUCAAUGGUAUUUUCCCUCUGCAACUUUAUCCCACAUUACCUUGGUUAUAAAAAGAUUAAGAAAACAGCAAAUGAGAAUCCACAAAGCAAGCAAAUCCUUAGCAGAGCGUUCUUCAACCUUAAGCUUAUGGCAGUAAUCACACAGAUGGCUUGGAUAUUUUCAGCUAUUUUUCACGUCAGAGAUUUCGAUAUUACAGAAAAGUUGGACUAUUAUUUUGCGGGCCUUACUGUCCUAUCUGGUUUCUACAACCUUGGCUUCAGAUACUUCAAGUUAUACUUGCACUCACGCAGGUUUUAUGGUAUCAUUUUCACAUUCCUUUGCAUUGCCGCUUACGCAGGCCACAUUUAUCGCCUUGUCACCGAUUGGCUGUAUACUUACAACAUGAGGGCAAACAUCUUCGUGGGAGUCUUACAGAAUAUUUUUUGGGGGCUUUCAUGCUACUCGCUUUACACCAAAUACUACGAAGAAGAGAAGGAGGAAAAAAGCCUCAACUUAAGUCACCUAGAUUACGUUGUACCAGGUCGCACAAUCUUGGGAAAAUUCUACAAGAAGUCACCAAAACUCUACUCAUUAUAUCCACUAAUGAUGUGCUUCAUAGUUAUCUGUGGCAUGGCCCUCGAGAUUUUUGAUUUCCCGCCUUUCUUUUUCGAUUUGAUUGAUGCUCAUUCAUUAUGGCAUUUGGUUACAAUUAUACCUCCGGUCAUGGGAUGGUACGAUUGGCUAAUAUGGGAUGUCAAUGAAAACGUUUACAAAGAUAUCAAAGCAGAGAUCGAUAAGAAAGAACAAUAG